UGCCUCGGACAGCGAGAAAAAAACGACCACGGCAGCAUUAAGUGUCGCGUUACAAUGAUUCGCUCGAGCUACAUGAUGUCGCUGGGUUCACUGGCUCUCUGCCUGCUGGCUUGUUUUCACUCUGGCACCAAUGCAUAUCCAGUCAAGCCGGUCAGUCCCCGGGAAGGGGCACCGGCUGAGGAUCUUGCCAAAUAUUACUCUGCACUAAGACACUACAUCAACCUCAUUACAAGACAGAGGUAUGGCAAAAGAGACACUCCGGAAUCCGUAUUUUCCGAUGUGUUGGUGAGGGAGAGCACAGAGAAUAUUCCAGGAUAUAACUAUGUCAGAUACGAUGAGUCGCCCCUGUGGUGAUGCUGCUGGAGCCGCCGUAUCGAGGCUGAUUCCACAAAGCGGCUGCCUGUCUGUCACAGACAUGAAAUGAGUUUGUGUUGCAUGGAGUAAACAAUGUACAAAACAAUUAGUUUAAACAAGUAGAACGAGUUGGACUAUGUAGUAUCUUUAGUGGAUGUUUGUUGAACAGUGUCUUGUGUCAUUCACUGAUGGACUUACAGUGCUCUCUACUGGUGAACUGGUGUCCAAAGAGUUUGCCAAUUUUUCAAAUGGGACAAACACCUUGUAAUCCGUGUCCGCUGCUAAUACUUUAUUGGGAA